GAAAACCAGGGGUGGGAGAGUUUAAGGGAAAAAAAGGAGACAGGCGGGGAGAACAGGGGAAUUUUAUACUGACAGAAGCGUCGGGUAAGAACCUGAAUUUCUGAAAUCUUUUGUUUCUCGCACUUUCACAUUGGGAAAUUAAAGCCCACCGCGUCGCCAGCACUCAAACCCAGAACUCAUGGGUUAACAGAAUCUAUUCAGAAGAUAUCCACCCAGUGAUCCAAUGAACAACCGUAAGGAAGACAUGGAAAUCGCAUCACACUACCGGCAGCUCCUACGUGAGCUUAAUGAGCAGCGGCAACAUGGCAUCUUGUGUGAUGCGUGUGUGGUAGUUGAAGGUAAGAUCUUCAAGGCACACAAGAAUGUGCUGCUAGGGAGCAGCCGCUACUUUAAGACACUCUAUUGCCAGGUAAAAAAAGGAACAGAGCAACAGGCUACCAUCACACAUCUGGACAUUGUGACAGCACAGGGUUUCAAGACUAUUCUGGACUUCAUGUAUUCUGCACACCUGGCACUAACCAGUAAGAAUGUUAUUGAGGUUAUGUCUGCCGCCAGCUACCUGCAAAUGACGGAGAUUGUGCAGGCAUGUCAUGGCUUUAUCAGGGCAGCGCUGGACAUUAGCAUUCGUUCUGAGCUGGCUGACAUGGAGCUGUCCAAUAUAGAGAUUGGUGGCAUAAUUGGCACAGGAAUGGGUACUGCUGGAGGAGCCUCUGAAGCACUAGUUUCCAUGAUCUCAGCUCGCAGCUCUUCACCAUGGCUGGUACGUCGUACCAGUCCUGCCAACUCAUCAGGGGACUCAGCAAUUGCCAGCUGCCAUGAAAGUGGCAGCACCUACAGCAAGGAGGAGCAUGAACCUAAAAGCCACGAGGAAGCAUGGCCAAAUGAGUAUCGCUCACUUCAAGUCAAAGAGGAGCAGGGAUCACCAUCUAGCGCUCAGGACAGGACCAGCCAAGAGGCACAGGGAACACCCAUAGAGCAGAGCAAUGGAGGUGAGGGGGGCUGGCAAGCACCUGGUUCAAGACGUAGGAAGAACCGAAAAAACAAGGACACAGUAAGGCACAUCAUGCAACAAAACGAGAGCAGUAGUUGUGGUGGUUCUCCGAUGCCUUCCAUGAUUUCAACAGCCAGCUGGAGCUACAACAAUCAAGCUGACAUUCCAGGAGCAGAUGAGGCUGAGCCCAGUUCAGAUACCAAAGACCAGCGGAUGGACUUUUUCAUGAAGCAGGAGGAAGCACUAUCCGGCGAUCUUGGCUUCAAUGGCUCUUCAUUGGCUAGUGACAGGGAGGAGGUGGUGGGAGAAAUUAAGGAGCAAGGUGGUUCUGUGGCAAAUUUGCGGGCAGCACUAAUGAGCAAGAACAGCCUGCUGUCUCUUGGGACAGAGAUGUUUAGUGAAGAAAAUACUCUUCUCUUUGACUACUUGCCCAAAGGAGGACAUUCUCUUUCCCUAAAUGACUUCACAGUGAUCAGGAAGAAAUUCAAGUGUCCGUACUGCAGUUUCUCAGCCAUGCACCAGUGUAUCCUGAAGAGGCAUAUGCGCUCUCACACAGGCGAGAGGCCCUACCCCUGUGAAAUCUGUGGCAAGAAGUUCACCCGCCGUGAGCACAUGAAACGGCAUACACUGGUACACAGUAAGGAUAAAAAGUAUGUAUGUAAGGUCUGCAGUCGAGUCUUCAUGUCAGCCGCCAGUGUAGGCAUCAAACAUGGUUCCCGUCGUCAUGGUGUUUGUACUGAGUGCUCAGGUCGUGGUAUGGCCGCCCUGCUAGACCACAAUGGAGAGGAGGAAGAGCUUCUGUACCCUGGCAAUCACCGUUUCCCCAAUGAUGGUGAAGAAGAGAUGAUCCCUGAAGCAGAGCUAAUGGAGGAAACAGGUGAAGAUGGAGAAGGUACAAAAUGGCCGGAUGACUCAGAUAUGGCUCAGCGCAAUGAAGGUGUCACAGAUGAUACCAAGGAGGAGAGUGAUUCAGUGCAAGAAGGUGAGACCAGAGCGGGAAGUGAUAAAGAAUUUGCAUGGAUUUCCUAGUUGUGUGCCAGGAGUGUGUUCCAUCCUGAAGCACCGUCUGACACGUGUGUCAGCCUAAAAUGUAAGAGUCAGAUCUCUGUGUGUAAAGGAGGCCACAUGCACACGUACCAAGCCUAGAGAUGAAGAUUUGACAGCCAAACAAGAGAAGGGAAUCCUCUCUUUAUCCUGCAAUGUGUGUCUGAGCCAGUGCUUCAUCUUCUUCCUUCUUUCAUCCUAAGGACCAGAUGAGUUGAGACAUGGUGUUUUGUAUAAUUUAUUUCUGACCAGAGGGAAUAAAAGUGUCUUGGAUGUUGCUGUUAAUCAAUCACACCCUGCUGAGGGCCUGGAGAAAGAAAGGCUAUGACCGGCUCCUUACUCAGUUACCACUGGCUGCUGUGUUAACUAUAUAAAAUCUGGGUAUGUCAAAUGACUUUCAGCAGUUUUGAGCACAUUGUUUUUUUGCAAACAAACAAACAAAAACUGCCACAGACUUGCACUUUAAAUAUUGACUGUCCUGUCAAUUCCUUGUUUUUGUGGUUUACAUUUUUAUUCCAAUUUACAAUUAUGGUAACCGCUCUUACCUUUAAAUAUACAGUUCCUCAAGACUGUUAUAUAUUUGUGCAGAGUUUGCUGAUUAUAAUGUAUGUUUUUAAAUUUUUUCUUUCUUUGCCAAUUAUUUUUUUCUUAGAUCAUGUGCAAAAAUCAGAUGUGUAUAUUUGAUGAUUGUGUGUUUAUAAAAGACAAUGGCUAGAAAGAGAACACUAUGCAGAAAUGAAUGUCAGCUGUAAUUUUAGUUUCUCCUUCAAGAAAGUCUUUCAAGGGAGCACGAGAGAUAGUGUUUUUGUUUCAUUUUUGAAUUAAUUGUAUUAUUACUUUUUUUAUCUUUAAUAUUUGCAUAUAACUUGCAUUCCAUGUCUUAGUCAGGGGAAAGGCUUGAUUUAUUAAGAUAAUAUUCAGUGAGAGGUGAUUGUAAGUGUGUUAAUGUUUGAAUGUAUAUGCACAUGUGAGCUAUAUAGGACUCAAAGGUUGUGGAAUUGUUGAAUAUGUGAAGCCAACUAAAAUAGGUAUAAGUCUUUACUGCUAUUGAUCACUUUCUCUGAAUUGUCCCUUACUAGCUUAUUGCAUUUUGCUUUUUCCAUUCUUGGAUUGAAUUUUACCUUCUGCCUCUGAAAUCUUGAAACCUCUAUAAUUUGACAGGGAGAGCCAUUCCUUCCUCAAAACGUAUUUGUUACAUCUGGACUUAAAAAUGUAUGGCUCAUGGAUCACACCAUUUUGAUCUUUUGUGAUAUUUCUUUUUAAUAUCUCUACUUGUUCUCUGUUACUUUCCAUUCCUCUUUAAGAAUGUUUUUCUCCUUAUAUUAUUGAUGUCUAGUUUGUUAAAAACGUAAAAGGUUUGUGUUUAAAAUACCUUAGGUCUGGCGCAUGCUUUAGGUGAAAUUUGUCUGUUUAUUUUGGUUGAUAGGUUAUUUAUUAAACCUAUGAUUAUUCAUCUAUUUAGAUAUUUUCACCUUUCUGUUGUCUCUAGCUGCAAGAGCACAAACAGUAAAAAAAAAAAAGUUAUUUUAUGUAUGACAGCAAUUUGUGAAUGUUUUCAGUGUUUCAAUGUGUGUUCUUGCUAUGAGUACUGAUUAUUAUUAUUAUUAUUAUUAUUAUUAUUAUUAUUAUUAUUAUUGUCACUAAGUGCUGGAUGCUAAGCUUUAUUGGAAAUUUAAUUUACCUAUUUCUUUUUUUUUGGACGAGCAUACACUCUUAGAUUUGCCUUGUUUGUGGGCAGUCAACUGUGUGGCUUUUUAUGAUGAGUGCCAGUUGCAUUUCUACUUGAUAUUUUAAUUGACGUUUUGUUCUCACAAGAAGAGAAACCUGCAGCUUGGUUGCUCUUGAUUAGAUGUUGUCAGAGCGAUAUAUACUGCACAUGUUUCUUUAUUAAUGACAUAAACUAAAGUAAUGAACAUUAUACCAAAAACUAUCUAGUAUACUUUGUAUACAUUACAUGAAGUGCUUUUAUUUCAACUGUGCAGGUGUGAAGCUUUGAAUAGUGGUUUUCUUUGUAAAAUUAUCAUUUGUCACUGAAUCUAGAAUGCACAGAUGAUUUUUGUCAUAAUAUGGAAUAAAGGGCGUUCACGUACAAUGAAUUUAGCUUUAAAAAUGUUGCCCUUUGAGACCUGCUCAAAGCUUCAUUCAUAUGUGCUACCUUGGGCACAGAGAUCUAAGCUCUGGCAUUGGCUUGGAAAUUAGAGGAAAUGUUAUCCUAAGUGAUACAAGUCUUGGCUAUGUAAUACAUUUAAUGCCUCUAAGACUGGGAUAUUUUUCUUGUUUUUCUUUGUUUAACUUAUUGUGAUCCUCAAUUCAAAUAAAAUGCAAAAAAUCUUUUUAAAUUAAUAGAAGGGAAUGGGAUGACAUCAUUUGAAUCUCGUGACUUUUAUCAGAAAGAUGCCUAAAUGCAUUUUUGUGGAUGUCAGGUACAUAAGUAUUUGGACAAGGACACAAUUUUCAUAUUUUUGCCAUCUGUUCACCACCAGAAUCAGAUCUGAAAUGAAGGAAUCAAGAUGUGAUUAAAGCAUAGACCUAUAGCUUUAAUUUAAGGGAUAAUGCAAAAAUAUUAUUAUAUUAAGAUAAUAAAUGCCAAAACUUUGCAGCAUGAGCAUCACACAAUGCGGAUUUUUUCCUCUUAAGGUGCUUUGCUUUACUACAGCAUCUACAGUUGCUGCUUGUUUGUGGGUCUUUCAGUUUUAUUUUUUAAUAAAUAAAAAAGCAUGCUAAACUGGGUUAAGUUCAGGUGACUGAUAUGGCCUUUAAACACAUUUCUUAGAAAUGUUUGGUGCUUUCGUGAUUCAUUUUGGAUCAUCUGUUGUAUGAAGGCCGGUCCUAGCAGAUUUAUAGCAUUUGACUGAUGCUGACCAGAAAGUAUAAAUAUAUACAUGUUUUUAGAGUUCAUUCUACUACUUCAGCAACCACAUGCUAAAUAAACCACCUGUGACUCAGUUCCAUUUGGAGCCAUACAUGCCCAUGCUGUAACAUUGUCUCCAUGUUUGAUGAUGAUGUGGGAUACAUUGGAACAUUAGUCCUUCUUUUCCUUCUUCACAUUCUUCUGUCCUAAGCAUUCUGGUCCGACUUAAACUUUUAAAGUUUAACUAAAGUGUUAUCAAGGGUUUGCAUCUUGAGGUAAACUUCCUGUAUUUACAUUUACUAAGGCAUCUCUUUAUUGUGAGCUUAGACACUUAUAUGCUUAUUUCCUUUCGUGGGUUACUGACUUUUCUUCACCAAAGUAAAAAUCAUCCACUUUAUGUGUCUUCCGUGCCUUUUGGUGUUACUAAGUGCAUUCCGGUGCAUUUAAGAAUGUACCAAAUUGUUUAUAAAUCUCCCAAUGUUUUGCUAUGGCUCUGUUCUAUUUUUUCAGCCUAAUGAUGGCCACUAUUUAUCUCCUUAAUUUGUCAUGAAAUAACAAAGAAGCAGGCCACUUCUGGCCAUGAAAUUGUUUUAUUGGUCAGUUGUCCAAUUACAUUUGAGCCUGUAAAAAUGGAGGGACUUUGUAAAAAAAAAAAAAAGUGAUGUAUUUCUGUUGUUAUGCAUAUUUUUUGUUAUAUUGCAAACAUAUUGUGCAUUUUUGUUAAAUCCCUUAAAUUAAAUCACUU